AUGGCAACGAAGAAAUCAGUUCCAUCAGACAUACCAAUCCCAGCAACUCCCCCUCCGAUCUAUCGAAUCCAUUCUGAUUCGGACAUCAAUCAGACAAGGCUCCUUACAGAAAAGGAUAAAGUUAAACAACCGAAACUUGAUUCCCCCUGCUCAUAUCCAUCUAUCAGAGAACAUCCCCUUCAUCCCACUCUUCCAUCACCUCUACCUUCGCCUCCUGCGGGGAAGUUUAAUUGGACUGAAUUAAUUUUAGCUCAUCCCACUCCAGUCAAAAUAUCAUCGUUACAACACAAACUUCGUAAACCACUUCCCUUUUCACUGGUCGAUCUCAAGGGUAUUGCAGAACACAGACCCAAGGGUAACUCCGAGCCAAAAGACUUUCAUACACCACCUAUAACACCACCACAUACACCACCAACACCACCUGAUCCAGAACCAUCUCCGAGCCCCUCACCAUCGCCUCCUUCCCCAUCACCAAAAUCAGCGGCUGAACUUCGGUCCAGACAGAGUCAAGCCAAAGUUACACAACAGCCCCAUACCAGAGUACCUACUCCACUACCUCUACCUCCCAUCUGGGCGACCCUACCUUGGUGGUUCAAAAAAGCCAAAAUGGCUGCUCCACCAAGAAUGCUUAUCCUCUCCGGAGGAGGAUACGAGGCUUUUGUAGCUAUGCCUCCAAGUUACGAGAAAGCUAUCACACUCGCCACUGAGAAAUUCAAUAUACCUGCUACACAUGUAGUCAGAUUGUCAUGUAAGGCUUCCGAUAUGCAAUGGAUCGGGGGAUAUGCGGGGUCUGAAGACAUUUUCAUCGCCGAUAACGAUUCGUUCCAUUAUGCAUGUGCGGGAAAACAUGUUGCUCGUCUCGGAGUCCACGUGUAUGACAAGAAUGCUAAACCCGGUCCUGCGCCAGCUCCUACGAGUGGGGGGCCACCUCCAGCAGCAGGGGGUGGAGGGGGAGAGAAGAAGGAAGAAAAGAAAGAGACGAAAGCACCUGCACCACCUCCAGCUGCGGAUCAGACCUUGACAUGUCAAACUACUGCUGGAAAGAAUGUUACGCUCAACGCCAAAGUAACAGGCGAAUUAACAAAAGGUAUUCCAGCUGGAAACUAUCUUGGCACUCUGACGAUCGAAGACAAAACGUGGAAACAGACUUUUGUAGGAAACCAACUCGGUCCGAAUGAGGUGAUGACGAAAUACGUCGUUCACGAUAAAAACACUGCUCGACUACUUUUUCGACCCAGGUCCAUCAGGCCCAGUGUCAAUUUCCUUCACCCUGAAGAGAAAAGCCUUGAGGUGUCUCUUUCGAUACUUGACUGGACGGUAACUUCGGCGUAUCCGAUCACCUCCCUUCUUCCUGAUGGAUCAAGGCAGAAACUCAGAUGGUUCCUCAAAGUCCAGCCUGGGGGUAUCGUGGAAGACAUGUUGACCGGGACUAUGUCAAGUGGUCUAUAUAUGGAAAUGAUACCAACGGCAAAAGCUAAACCUGACAAAGCACCCGGUCCCGAAGAUCCACUUAUUCCAGCUCAUCCUGAUAUAAGACCUUCAAACGCAUGGUGUUUACCUCAGUCGAUUUUUAUACCUCAUCUUGAUCGGAUAUUGACUGCUAUUGGUCUCCCGGUGGAAAGUAGAACAGCCAUGAUUACCGCUUGGCUACCUGGAUUAACGAGACACAAGAAUAUCGCGUACAGAAUUCUGAAUAGAGCUCAACUCGAACCUACUUCCAAACUGACCAUCAUACCUCCUCCCGAUGUGAUGCUCAGGAUCUUCGUAAUCUUCAAAGGUAUCCCAGACUCUGAAAUGAAAGAUUGGGAAAAUGCAGGUGUUUUACACGCUGAAAUGGGAUUGGAUUGGCGUGACUCUGUCGGCUGGACACCUGAUAUGCAAAAUGAGAGCUUGUUCAGAGUCAUCGAAUAUGGUGCAAUGUGA